AUGGCGGCCGCGCUCAGCUCGACGGAGGCCUAUUCGCUGCUGGCGCUGUCCUUGGCGUGCUUUGGGAUCCUCUCCAACACCUUCUCUCGCGCCGACGGCGAGCCGCUCGUCGCGUCGAUUGCUUUCAGCGGCCUCGCGUUUGCGUCCUGCUAUGCGCUCAUACGGUGGCUGGGCGGUGCAUUCAUGCGGCGGGGGUUCAAGGGCAGAGACCUGUGCAAGCUCAGGCAGACCGAAAUCCCUGAGACCAUGGGCGCCGUGUGCGCCGUGGUGUAUCUCUUCACGCUAAUCAUGUUCAUUCCGUGGCCCUUCUACAAGGACAUCGUCGUUGCGACGUCCGGCGGCGGCAAUCGCGAUGUCAUCAAAGAGCUGGAGGAGGUGGAGACGGGCAGGCUCCUCCACAGGUUCCCUCACAACAAGCUGGCGUCGUACCUCUCCGCCAUCCUCUCGCUCCAAUGCAUCGCGCUGCUGGGCAUUGGCGACGACCUGUUCGACAUCAGAUGGCGGCACAAGCUGUUCAUCCCGGCCAUCGCCGCUAUCCCCAUGCUCAUCGUCUACUUUGUGGACUUUGGCGUCACUCAGAUGGUUGUCCCGAUCCCUCUGAGGCCUUACCUUGGGGAACUGUUCGACCUGGGCUGGCUGUACUACGUCUACAUGGCCAUGCUGUCCAUGUUCUCUACCAACAGUAUCAACAUCCUGGCCGGAAUCAACGGCAUCGAGGUCGCCCAAUCGCUGGUCAUUGCGGUGCUGAUAGUGGUCAACGACGUCCUGUACCUCUCACCCUUCACACCGUACCCGCACCCAGCCACUGAUUCGCAUCUGUUCUCCCUGUAUCUCUUGCUCCCCUUCAUUGGGGUGUCACUAGCCCUCCUGAAGCACAAUUGGUACCCCGCUAGGGUGUUCGUUGGGGACACGUACUGCUACUUCGCAGGCAUGGUCUUCGCCGUCGACGGGAUUCUCGGCCACUUCAGCAAGACGCUGAUCCUGCUGCUCCUUCCUCAGGGGUUCAACUUCGUCUAUUCUGCGCCGCAGCUGUUCCAUCUUGUACCUUGCCCCCGACAUCGGCUGCCGCACUUCAAUGCACGGACGGGGCUGCUAGAAUGCUCGCGGGUGGAGUUCAAGAGACCACUGGCCCGACCGAUAGCGGAGAGUGUCAAGCUACUGCACCGGCUUCGGCUGCUCGACGUUGAAAGCGAUGAGAACGGGCAAGUGGUGUCAUGCUCGAACUUUACCAUCAUCAACCUAUGGCUGGUCUGGUUCGGGCCCAUGCGGGAGGACCGCCUUGCAUUAGGACUAUUGGCGUUUCAGUCGGCCUUCGGGGUCCUGGGGCUGCUUAUACGGCAUCGCAUGGCGUUGCUCAUUUUCACGGCCGACAACUGGUAG